CUUGGCUGACACCUCAGAGACCAGGUUUUAGAGGACUUAUUAUAUCCUUUAGAUCCACAUUGGGCUAAAAUCUGAAUAAUUUCCCUUUUUAUUCUUUAUCAUUUGUCUUCUUUCCUUCCUCUCUGUCUCCUCCUCUCUUUGAGGCAGGGUCUCUUGUAGACCAGCCUGACCUAGAAAUGACUAUGUACCUGAGUACUGAGACAGUGUCCCUAGGGAGAGACAUGAUUGCUGUGGGGUGUUCUGUAUGGCAAAUGUGUUGCUGAUUAGUCAAUAAAUAAAUCACUGAUUGGCCAGUGGCCAGGCAGGAAGUGUAGGCGGGACAAGGAGGAGAAUAAAGCUGGGAAGUGGAAAGCUGAGUCAGAGAGACACUGCCAGUCGCCACGAUGACAAACAGCAUGUGAAGAUGCCGGUAAGCCACGAGCCAUGUGGCAAGGUAUAGAUGAAUAGAAAUGGAUUAAUUUAAGCUGUAAGAACAGUUAGCAAGAAGCCUGCCACGGCCAUACAGUUUAUAACCAAUAUAAGUCUCUGUGUUUACUUGGUCGGGUCUGAGUGGCUGUGGGACUGGCAGGUGAGAGAGAUUUGUCCUGACUGUGGGCCAGGCGGGAAAACUUAAGCUACACAUGAUCAAACCUCUAUUUGUCCCAGGUAGGAACUGAUGACAGUAAGCAUAUGUAUCUUCUAAGUCCAACUUGGUGAACCAUGAGUUUUAUUCAGGUUACUUACAGGAGUAUGGGUGAGUGUCUAUGCUGCAAGCUGUAAAAAUAUAUGAAGUGGGAUUUCAGCUGAUUAUGACAAGCUAAUGCCUGGAAGAAGCCAAGGGCCUUCCAGAGGUCAAGGAGCCUUGUUGAUAUUUGGCUUUUGAUUAUCAGCUGUUUCCUACUAUGAGUUUCUUGUGUGCUAUUAUAGCUUGUCCAUCAUUCAUUGGGCACAAUCUCCCCUCUACUAAAGGAAUAUUUAGAUAACCUUCUGAGUAGUAUCGCAGCCAGGAUCCCUAAUUUCAGGCCUUUCUGUAAUUAUUGUUUUAGCAGCAUCUGGCCAGGACCAUACCCAGAGGGAUGAUGAAAGGAUCUUAUCAGAGAUCUCUCUGUACUCUCUAGAACAGACUUAAGCAUCAGACUAUCUGUUUGAGAAGGCCUGGCGGAUGUGCUAAUUAAACUUAACCUUCUCCUUUCCAAAGUCUUAUCUCUAGUUUUUUUAUCCCAGAGGAAUAAAGUAGAUGGACAAAGAGCUCGGUGUACUUAGAUUCUUUUCCCGAAAAUAAUUCUCGCCGUUCAUGGUUUCUCUUCUGGGCCCCUGGGGAGAAUAUUAUUAAGGCUGGUCCUAUAAUACUAUUUGAGAUGUCUACUCAGAUACAGCUGCAUCACCAAAAGCUACCCCAGUAUGAGUGCCAGCUUAUGGAACCUGGGGCUUGCUGCACAGCCUUCAGGCAGCUGAACAGGUUGGAGGGGCUUUCUUCCAGCCAGUUCAGCUUAUCUGAGAGUAUCUCUCAAGCAGUCCUGACUGCUUAAAUACGCAUGGGGAAGGAGGAACCUCGUAUAUCUGCUCAAUGUCAGGACUUCCUGAAGUCUUUGCGUUGUUUACCUCCUGAGCUUAAGGAGCUUCCCUGCAGAACAUCCUAUGUCUUUUAAGGGGUUUCCAUCUAAGAUGGAAGGUUUUAUGUCAGAGGAAAUUGCUACAGAACACUCCUCCCCUUCCUUGGACUCUUAAAUCCUUUCUGCCUCCUUUCCUAAUGGUCCCUGAGCCUUAGAGAAGUUACACAGAAGUCUGACUGUGGUCAACUAACCCUAGUGGGAUACUGAUGUCUUUUUAUGCAUCCCCAUCUUACAGAGCAUAACUGGUGACAAGUCUUGGCAGUAUUUCUUUUGCUAUAAAACACCAGUGAGGAAAAGACAGAAAAUGACCUAUAGGCAUAAAUACAGAUGUUGGGAAGCAGCUUAGCUGGGACAUCAUACUAAUUUACCAAAGCAAUAGGUGUUGAUUUUCCACAGGGGCCUAUGACGUCUCUGGCCAUAGGUUUUUGUCUAAGGCCCAUAUUAGAUGUGACUUUUCCUUUUUGGAGACUUUGCUUAAGUCCAAUCAGAAAAUUUGUUUUAUUCACGGCUGCUUAUGCCUCUCCUGCACUAGCUGACACAGCUUGUCUGGCCCUUCCAUCAUGAAGCAUGCAGAAUCCACAGCUGAGUGGGACAUUUCGGCCAUGAUCCUCCCCAGCAACCUCGGUUGCACUUUCUGGUACUACAAGAGCUAGACCACUGGUAAGGGACCUUUUGGCUCAGUCCUAGACUUAUUUUUCCAAGUUCUGUAACCAACACACGAGACAUCACUAACAGGGUCUUACCAUUCAGUUUUGGAAUGUUGCUGACAGCAAUGGGAACAGCCCUGUUGUCCCGGAGGCUUCUCUGGCCUCCCUGCCAGCAACUCCUAUGGAGGUAAUCCACCCCUAGCACCAGGGGUUUAUGUUUAUUUUAUUUUAUUUUUUUUUAAGAUUUAUUUAUUUAUUAUGUAGACAGCAUGUAUGACAGCAGUCCAGAAGAGGGCACCAGAUCUCACUACAGAUGGCUGUGAGCCACCAUGUGGUUGCUGGGAAUUGAACUCAGGACCUCUGGAAGAGCAGCCCGUGCUCUUAACCUCUGAGCUAUCUCUCCAGCCCCCAAUGUUUAGUUUUGAUAGGGUUUCAUGGUUAGCCCCAUGACCUGGACCUCAGAGAUCCACCUGCCUCUACCUCCCGAUUAAAGGCACAUGCCAUCACACCUGGCCUUGUCCCUGCUUUUUAUUUUUUUUUUUCCUCUUUUGAGUUAGCGUCUCUCUGCAUAAUCCUGGCUGUCCUAGAACUCACUAUGAAAACCAGGCUGGCCUCAAACUCAGAGCUGCUUUCGAGUGUUUGGAUUAAAGGUGAGCACUAGGGCUAGAGAGAUGUCUCAGUGGUUAAGAGCAAUGACUGCUCUUUCAGAGGACUCAGGUUCAAUUCCCAGCACCCACAUGGCAGUUUACAACUGUCUAUAACUGGGAUCCAACACUCUCACACAAACUAGCAUACAGGCAAAACACCAAUGCACAUUAAAAAAAGAAAAAAAAAAAAAGCCUAGCACCAUCAUGUCCAGUAUUUUUUAAGAAUAUUUUUUAAAAUUUAUUUGAUGUGCAUUGGUGUUUUGCCAUGGUUGUCAGGUCCCCUGAAACUGGAGUGGGUGCUGGGAAUUGAACCUGGGUCUUCUGGAAAAGCAAUCAGUGCUCUUAACCGCUGAGCCAUCUCUCCAGCCCUGUCCUCUGCUUUUUGGUUUUAGAAGCUGCUUGGAGGGAAACUGAGAGAUAAGCUGUGUGGAAUAUCUGCGAAGCAUCUCUCAUUCAGUCACUUGUAUCUAUUUUCCAUCUCUGUUCCCACAGCUCUGGUUCCACCUUGUACAGAGCUGGUUAAUUCAGUGUGCAUGUGAGAAGCAACCUCAGUACCGGAGUGCUCCCAGAGGCCUGCGUGUAGAGUUCUGUGAUCUGCGUGUGUGGGGGUGGGUGCACACAUUGUUAAAUUAGGUCUGUGUACUGUGUGUAGUCUUGGCAUCCUUGUGUGUGAUAUACAAGUGUACAUGCUGUGUUUGAAGAUGUAAAGAGUGUGUACUGGGAUGAAGUUACCGUGAACGUAGGCCACCUUACUGACUAAACAGGAGAAUUAGCUGUAUGGGGCCCAGAACCAAGUGGCCUAUGGGACUGGAGGAAACCUGAAGGGGGGAGCUUGAGUGGAUGGUCUAGUGGUCUGGGAGUGUGGGGAGGUACCAUACACAGUGAAGGAGAGCCAUCGUGUCAUCAAGGAGAACCAAAUCCAGGACACCCGCAAUCCGCGUUCAAGACUACUCUCUGAACUGUCAGGGGCGGACCUUGUGGAUGUCCCGGCCUCGCCUUGGAUGGCGGGUCGGGUCCCCAAGUGCAAAGGCUCUGGAGACUGAGCGGGGCGGGGCCAGUACCUGCUGGGGGCGGGGUUUCUGUCGGGUUUUUCUAGAAGUAGGGGCCAGCGAGAGCCACUGAGUGCUGGGUCUGUAAUGUAAAGGCAAAAGCAGGUACUGGCGUUAAGGGCGUGACGAAAGGGACCUGGAAGGAGCUGGAAAUCCCGGAUGAAGAACACGACUGACGCUUAGACCCGGGCUGGAAGACGGGGAGGGGGGAGGCGGGCUGGGGGUUGGGUAAGCAUGAGGCGGAGCUAGGGGCUGGACUGGAGUUUACAGCUGGGCCGAGGGCUCCACCACGCUGAGGUUCAAGGUUGAACUCUACGAGGUAGAGUCCUGUGGAAGAACUGGGCUGACAACGAUGUGGGUCAGGACGACACUAACGAUUAAAAGAUGGACUGAGGAAAAGCCUGGCUGCAAAACUGACAUUUGGGACAAGAGCGAGAGCACCGAUAUAAGCAGGUUGCCCAGCUGGAGGAGAGGACAUCUGGCUAGUGUGGAGUCCAGCAGUGAUGUGUCUUCCCUCUCCUCUGAAGGUGAACUCCAGGAGCCUGCCAGGUGCUGCUGGAAACGCCAGCAGUGUGCUGGACAUACCAUCCACCCCUUCUUGGACUGUGGCCACCACAACCGGCACAUGCACGCUGUCAGCCACUGCGACUGUGAAUCUAGGCUGAAGGACUGCUCAGGGAAGACAAAUAGUAGCAGAUCCCGAGAUGUAGGCCCGACCUGCUCCAGAGAUCGGGGCUCAACCUGCUUCAACAUCAUCCAUACCCCUUGCUUUGAAUUCAUCCCAGAGGAAGAGUGUGUGGAGCGGAUCUGGUACAGCUGGUGCAAAGGCUACAGGCCUCUCUCUGUGGCAGUAAUCCACCAUCCCAUUCAUCAUGUGUGUAGGACAGAUAACCUACACGAGAAGGAGGAUGAAGAGGAUGAAGAGGAGGAGGAAGAGACCCCACCUUCCAUCCCAACUCAGUUGUGCCCCACUGCCAUACCUACUGACCCAGACAUCGGGUCGGUCACCAGGACUCCCGACUCAGCAGCGCCCAUCACCAUCUGGCGUUCUGAGAGCCCCACAGAAAAGAGUCAGGAGGGCAAGGCCAUCAAGAAGGUAAAAAAGAAAAAGGAGAAGGAGAAAGACAAUGAGGAUGAGAUAGUGGAUGAAAAGGCAAAGGUGAAGAAAAAGGUCAAGGGCAAGAUAAUUAAGAAGAAAAGCCCGGCAAAAUCGGAGUCUUCCCCUCCAGACUUGAGCCGAUCACUAAGCCCAAGAGAGCUAGUCAGGACGUCAGAGUCCAGCCCAGAAAGUCGGGGAGAGCUGGAGAGUGAGGACAGUUAUGAACGGGGUAAAAAGGAGCCCUCCAGCGAAGACAUUGUGGAGUCAUCACCCAAGAAGAGAGAGAAGAGCACCUCCCAGGCCAAAAAGAAUGGGACAAAGACCUUACAAACCAGGAAAACGAGCAAGAGAAAAUCUCCCCCAGUGUCCAACCCCAAUCUCAGCUGAGGCCAGGGCAACCAGAGUGAAUAAAUCAAGCCUGUAACUGACCCCUACUGCUAUUCUCUCUCCCUCCAACAGGGCCUCUUCUUGUGGGAGGUGGCUGGCUCUGGGCCUACUAGAGCCAAGGGGCCAGGGGUCAGGGGAUACUCAGGGGCAAUCCUGCUUUCAAGGAGGAAGUCUAUGUCUACGGGAAGUUAGGUAGGAGGGAGAGAGAACCCUCCUAGGACCAGGUGGCAGAAUCAUCUGGAGAGGAAAUGGGGUGUGGGAGACCAGCCCUGUGUGUGAACACCCACUCUGUAGUGGGCAGCACUGUGCAGCACCACCUUCAAUAAACUGGACCUGCCACUCACUCGGCCUGCCUUUCCCUCCUCGAGUGGCCCAAGGGGUGGGCUGUGGCACCAUGGAGGACAUGACCUUCCCAGCUGGUGCAGUCCCAGCCCUUCCCACCCUUGCAGCAGAUAGACCUGUUAUGCUGGAGAAAGUAAAGCGUUCUCACAGCAGGCCAGCCCUUUCCCACCAACACAACAAAAGACGAAGAAAAGCGGGUAUGAGCUCAAAUGCAGGCAGCAGUGGCGGCCCAAGCAGAGACAAAGGGGGAGGCUUUACUCUCCCACACUGAAUCACCAGGAGAUGAAGCCUGUGUGAAGAACAGGGAAAUCAGACACGCAGACUAAAGACUGCGGAAGGAAGCAGAGCCAGGGGGCUGGCUGAUCCUGAGCCAGGGGGGGCGAGGGUGGGAAACAGCCCUCUCCCAUGGCCUGUGUGUCUGAGGGUGAGCAGGUGAGGGGCCCAUUCUGGGCAGAGAACUGACUUCUCAGCGGCUGUCAGAGACCAAGCUGGGAAAUGAAGGGGUGCCCAGGGGCUCACAGGGUUACUUUUCUCCACUGUGUGAGAAGAUGAGAACACCACAAUAGUUUGGUGGCCCUGGCCCAGCAUUUCCUAUUGCCCUGUGUGUGUCAUCACCUCUUGGUCACAGAUGGGACAGCCAAGCUAAGACAAGCAGCUGCUGGAGAGACAGCCCAGCAGUCAGGAGCACUUCCUGCUCUGGCAGAAUACCUGAGUUCCCAAUACCCAUGCACGGUGGCUCAGAGCCGCCUCUCACUCCAGCUUCAAGGGAGCCAAAGCCCUCUUUUGGUCUUCUGUGAAUACACCCACACAUGCACAUGCAUAAUUAAAAUUAACCAGGGGUGGUGGUGCACACCUUUAAUCCCAGCACUCAGGAGGCAGAGGCAGGUGAUCUCUGAGUUUGAAGUCAGCCUGGUCUACAGAGUGAGUUCUAGGACAGUCAGGGCUACACAAAGAGAGACCCUGUCUCGAAAAACCAAAAACCAAGAAAAACAAACCAGAAAACCCUUAAGCACACGUGUGUCACUCCUGCAAUUCUAGCAUUCAGGAGGCAGAAGCAGGAUUACUGUAACUCCAAGGCCAGCCUGGGCUAGAGACUCCACCUCAACACAGCUAACAAAAGAUGUAAGAAGUCCACACAGGGUCAUGGGGCUCAGAGCAGGGAGGUGA